AUGAUUUCCUCUGGCACCUUUGAGGAAGAGAUUAGUUCUGUCUGUAUGGAUGCCAAAAAGCUAGGCCCUGGUUUGAGGGAUGCAAUCAGCUGGCUCCCUCAAGAGGUUCUGGGCGACAUCUUGUCCUUACUUCCGACCAAACUGGCUGCUUCAACAUCGGUUCUAUCGAAAAAGUGGAGGAAUGUGUUUGCCUUGGUGGAUAAUCUGGAUUUGGAUGAUUCUGUCUUCCUGCGACCGGAAGAGGGUAAGCUACGGAGGGAGGAGAUCCGGGAGAGCUUCAGGAGUUUUGUGGACAGAACACUCGCCUUGCAACGCGGUUAUCCUAUCAAGAAACUCUCUCUAGACUAUUGCAUUUUCGAAGACAGCGAGAUGGCGUCUAUGUCCCGGUGGAUAUGUAAUGUCGUAGAGCGUGGUGUGUUGGAAGUGGACCUAAGCAUAUGGACAAACUUUCAACUCUACCUGCCCUCUGAGCUCUUCACGAGCAAGACGCUGGUUAAGCUGACACUGGGAACAGAGAUUGGUCUCGGGAAGAUUCCUGGAGAUGUGUCUCUUCCAGCGCUUAAGAGUCUCUUCAUCAAUACCAUAUUUUUUACUUAUGGAGACCUGUGUGGUGUGCUUCUUCCCGGUUGCCCAGUGCUCGAGGAGUUAUCUGUACGUCACGUGGAGGAAGGAAAGCCGUUCUGCAUAUCGAGUCGGAGCAUCAAGAAACUAUCAGUUUACUACGACUUUGAGGCUGACCUUUCUUAUCUCGGUGGUAUGUCAUUUGACGCCCCGAAUCUUGUCUCCCUCGACUACCGCGACUAUGCCUUGGAUGAGUACCCACAAGUUAACUUGGAGUCCCUAGUCGAAGCUAAGCUGGAUAUCCAUUACUCUAAAAGCAACAAGAGGCCGGAUCUAACGGGUCUCAUUACAGGGAUGAGCAACAUCGAGACCCUCCAUCUUUCUCCCGCCUCUGCUGAUGUGAUUUCUCGAUGUGUCAAACAUGGACUACCUCUGCCGAUGUUCAACAAUCUGGCUAGUUUGUCUUUUGGGAGCAAGAAUCAGCGAGGUUGGAAACUGCUGCCAUGUCUGCUUAAGCAGUCUCCAAAGCUUGAAACUCUAAUAAUCCAGGAUCUGAAUGGUUACACAGGCGAUGCGACCAUUCCUCUGUUCAAAGUGAAGAUGUUGCAUGUUCUUGGUUAUGGAGGAACUGCUCAAGAGUUGCAACACCUGAAGAGUUUUCUUGUGGGAUCGGAAUGCCUCGAACUAGUGCGGGUGGAGAUUCCCGAGUGUGUUGAGGUUGAUAAUGGUAAAUUAUUGCAAACCCUUGGGGAUCUAAUGGCGGUUGUUGGAGCUGCAGCAUCCAAGUGCAAGGCCGAAGUCGCAGAUUAGAUCUAAGCUUAUACUCAUAAAUUGCUUCAUGUCGCAUUGCUCCUUCCAGGGAGCUACGUUUCUGUAACAUUAAAAACUCAUAAUUUAAGGAGACUCUUUUCUUGUUCUAGAUCCGUAGAUUAUUGUAACCUUAUUUAUUAUAAUUGGUGAUGUUUUAAAUUUUAAUUUAUUAAUUAAUAUGAGAGUGAAAAUAAAAUACCUUUUCUGAAAAA